AUGCAUUUGGUGACUGACUUUUCCAAUGCCAAAAGCUUUGGAAUCAUGAUGGUGAGGCCAGCAGGUUACCAUGGCCUCUACUGCGAGGAAGAAUACAAUGAGUGCCUGUCUGCUCCUUGCCUGAAUGCUGCCACCUGCAGGGACCUCGUCAAUGGCUAUGAGUGUGUGUGCCUGGCAGAAUACAAAGGGACACACUGUGAACUGUAUAAGGACCCCUGUGCUAACAUGAGCUGUCUGAAUGGCGGUACCUGCGACAGUGAAGGCCUGAAUGGCACAUGCAUCUGUGCACCAGGGUUUACAG